ACUGACUUACCUCUAAUGUAUUUUAAGUCCAAGAUGUCUGCUCCUAUGUCGGCAACUGUUCGAGCAGUUGUAAAGAAAAAACAAAUCCCACAAAGAGUCGCUUUAAUUUUAACCCAGUCUGCUGUAAGCCGUGUAAAACAUCUGCUGCAUAGUAAACCAGAUGCAAUAGGUUUGAAGAUUGGUGUGAAACAAAGAGGCUGUAAUGGUCUAAGUUAUACCUUGGAUUUCGCAAAACAAAAAGGAAAAUUUGAUGAAGAAGUUGUUCAAGAUGGAGUACGAGUGUUGAUCGACGCCAAAGCACAACUUACGCUUCUCGGGACAGAGAUGGAUUAUAUAGAAUCAAAAUUAUCUAGUGAAUUUGUGUUUAACAAUCCGAAUAUUAAAGGAACAUGUGGCUGUGGUGAAAGUUUUACCAUUUAAAUUUCAAUCCUCAUCAGCGAUUCAGUGUUACUUUUACACUUGAGCUUGAACCAUAGGUGAUUUAGUCAAGCUAAUUAGGUUUAGUCAAACUUAAGUGUAACAAAUGGUAUUGAAAUGCAAAAUUAAACAGUUUUUCUGACUCUGCAUGGUUUGGAACAUUGUAUGAUAAUAAUAAUAAUUGUAGUAUCAGGAAUACAUAGUAUAACUGACCGUGAUAUUCCAAUACAAUAAGGAAAAAUAAAAUUAACAUUUUCUAAUUUAGGAUGUAAUAAAUAUUAAUGUUUUAAAUAUUAUUGUUAACGUAUUUUUCACUGUUUGACAUUCAGAAGUAGUGAGUCAUAGACAUGAAUAUUUUCUACUACUAAAUUUCAAUCACUUUCAUUUAUUUGAGAUGCAAAUAAUUACCCAGUUGUUAAGACCUAAUGGUCUAAUUUUUCUUGUACAUAUACAUUUGCUCUUUUAAAAUACUUUCAAAACUGGUGUUUUUCAACCAUGAUUUGCUUAAUGUAUGCAUAUUAUAGCAUUUAAGAUUUGUUACAUAAAAAAACCAAAGAAAAUCACAUAAUUUAAAAACUAUUAAGAAUUUUAGUCUUAAUGAAACAGGAGUCUCAGUUUUUUGUGUGUAAAUUUUAAUUGUUGUAACAAAAAUCAAAUAUUAAAGGUGUUCAGUGUGAAACUUCUCUUUAUACCUGAGUUCAAUCUUAUAAUUAACAACUUACUGAUUCAGUCAACAUUUCAUAUAAAUAUAUAAGACAUAAGAACAUAUUUUUCUUAUUUCAGUGCAAAUUAUUAUAAUUUAUUAGGAAUAAUCUAAACCAAUAUAUUUUCUUCAUAAUUGUACCAUGCCCCAUUUUAUGUGAAAUUACCAAUAGAUCAUACUUACAGUAUCUGAGUGUGAUUUCAUAAAAUGAUGGAGAACCUAUUUAUUUUUUUUAAUAUCUAGGAACAGCUCUGUACAACUGAUAUUUGGUACAGAAUUUAUGGUUUUUUUCUAAGAUACAAAGUUUUUCCUACUUUUCAACUUUGGUUUCUAUUGUAAUAAAUAACAUGCAUUUGCAACAGAGAACUCAGGUUUUGUAUGCAUAAAAAUAUUGCUAUGGAUUUAUUUCUCACUAAAUAAAUAGUAAAUAUGUAGAAAUAAUGUAUUUGAAAAAUAAAUGAUAGUAUCGA